AUGCCUCUCAGCAAUCAAUUCGUCACCGUAGCGACUCGAAUGUUCCAACAAUACUGGCGAAGACCGACCUAUAUUGGUAGUAAGUACGCGCUGGGCAUCGCUUCUGCACUCUUCAUUGGAUUCUCCUUCUAUUUACCCAGCGCGUCGAUCCAGGCGAUCCAGUCGAUGAUGUUCUCCAUCUUCAUGUUGAGUGCCAUCCUCAUGUUGACUGCCAUCUUCGCCGCCCUCGUCCAGCAAGUCAUGCCUCAAUUCAUUUUUCAACGCGAUCUCUACGAAGUGCGGGAGCGACCGUCAUAA